GAAAGCGCGACAAAUCCCGGUCUCCACGGAUGACAUCGAAGUGAGGGCUCACUUGAGACAAGUGAAUGAACCCAUUUGUCUGUUCGGUGAGGGGCCGGCCGACAGAAGGGAACGACUGCGACAACUGUUGGCCCGUUUGGGCGAAGACGCCAUACGGAGGAAGAAGGAGGACGAGAAGGGCGAGCAGAAGGAGACGCAGACCUGGUACCACGAGGGACCGGAAUCCUUGCAUUCGGCGCGCCUAUGGAUUGCAGACCAUUCUAUACGAAGAGCCAAUGAAAGGCUCGAAACGGCGAGAGUUCAGAGACAGACACCCGAAGAGACCCGAGCGGCCGCUUCCCAGGAAUUGUACAAGAAUUUGGGCCAAAUUGAGAUCAGUUGCAGUCAAGUGGGAGACAUUCGCCCCCUUUCUAGCUGUCAGUUCAGUCCCGACUGUUCUCUUGUGGCCACGUCUUCCUGGAGUGGUUUGUGUAAGUUGUGGGAAAUGCCUACUCUUGAGCUGCGGUCUACACUUCGCGGCC